UAUUUCAGAAUUUCCAGAUAAUUAUUCUGGGGCUGGUGCGGUAAUCUGGAGCUGGUGGUUGUGCGUGAAAUGGGUGGGUCAUGCAGCAGAGACACAAUCCCACCAACAACUGGGAGAGUUGGAGCAGACAAAAAGGACAGCAUGGGACUAGCUCCUUUACAUGCAGGUGGCAACACUACCAACUCUGCAUACCAGCCUGUACUCAACAUGAAUAGAUACUCAUCCAAGAAGAGCCUGGCUCAGGGCAUGUUGGACAUUGCUCUCCUCACAGCAAAUGCCAGUCAGUUGAAGUAUGUUUUGCAAUAUGGCCCAAAGCAUGAGUUCUAUGCCACACUCCUUGUGAUGAUUGGAGUCUCAAUAUUCCUCCAGGGGGUUAUUGCCAUCAUGACCUUGUCUUUGAAUCUGGCACAUGACUGCCUGGUGGAGCGGCCGAACUUCCAAAGAACCACUCUGGCAAUCAACUACAUCAACCUCAGCCUCACCCUCACUGUCACCUUCCUCAACAUUGUCAUCUCAGCCCUGGGUUACACAAUUAUUCUUGGGAUUCUGAUCCUGCUCCUGAGCUCGCAGAACAUAAACUACAAGGAGAAUCAAAAGGCAGCUGACAGGAUGAAUGACAUGGUGUUGGCCCUGAGCUUUGUGGUUGCAUCUUUGAAUGUUGUGCUGAAUUCCAUCGACUUGAAACCGAUUCCGCGAAAUAUCCCGCCAUAAUUUAUCUGAUAAUUUAUCUCAUCAGUACAAGAACGCGCAUAUACUCUUUUGAAAUAAAAGUCCUGAUGGAUGAUGAUCAA